CAAAAAGCCGUGUCGAGUUCUCUUGAAAUGUACCGAGCUGUAAGCCGCGUGCCACCGGUGGGAGCUAACUACGACCACAGGCUGUUCCCGGCGAGGACCGGUGUUUUGAAGGAUGACAUCAGCAUCAUUUUGUCCAGCUCCAUGUCAUAACGGAAAUGCCUUGACCUGGCUUCUAUGUGCCGACGUUGAUCGUGUGUCCUCUGCGUUGCAAAUCCUUCUUGAUCUUGCUCAGGAGGACAAAGGUGAACUUGUUGAAAAGGUUCUUCAGCACUGCAACCCAGAAAUAUGCAUAGAUGCUCUUCGAAAGCUGCUGAAGUCACCUGUCCCAUGGCUGAGUAAUACUGGAGCUUGUAUUUUUGGGGUCCUGCUGGAAAGUGAGUCUGUGGUGGUGAAACUUCAGAAGGGGACAAAAGGGAAAAGCAAUCUCAUAUAUGACCUUGUUGAGAUCUUGACUGAAGACGAUCCCGAUGUUGUGAUGAAGGGUGCUGGAGCCAUAGCCUCAUUGGUUGAAACUGCAUCAGGGCGGACAUGGUUCCUUCAGAUCCAAAGUGUGUUCAGCGUUGUCCUUGAGCGCCUAUCAGUUCUUCUAGAGAAUGAGAGAGAGAACACAGUUAACUCUGCAGCACUUAUUCUUGCACGACUGUCCCUGUGUGAAGAAACCUGCGAAAAGGUUUUAUCCCAUUCAUCUUCCUGCAAGAUCUUCAGAUGUUUGGCACAAUGCUUAUCGUGUAGUUACAAAGACACAGCCAUGAAUGCAGCAUUUGCUGUUGGCCGUCUAUGUGGUAGCAGACAAGCCAAGACCCUCGUUCUGGAAGCGGCCAAAGAGCAUCAGCUGGUUCGUCGACUGCAGGCUUUGCUGUUGAGCGGUCCAGGAAUGGAGAUGGGCCAAACAGUAUGCUUUGCUCUGAGCUGCUUAGCAAAUGACGAAGAUGGCCAUGCUCUGUUGAUGGAAAGCGCCACUGUCCCUGCGUUGCUGGACGGUCUUUUACAUUUGUUGCAGAGCCCAGACCCAGACAGUAUCUGGUUUGCUGCUAUGACAGUGAGAAUGCUGGUGUCCCGGCGGAGUGGAGUGGUUCCUGUCAGGAUGCAUUGUCCUCUUCACGAGCAGUUAAAGUUUCUCUCUAUGUCGCCAUCCACUGAGCAAGAGCUGCUGGAGGAGGUCAACACGUGUCUCAGGAAACUGGAGCGUUUAUCCAAACCACAUCCAGUGCUGGUUACGAACCUCUCAUCCACGAGCUGCACUGUAUCAUGGGAGAAGUGUGAGCCUGAAAGUGGCCUAGAGGUCGUAUACAGGUUAAACUUUCACAGUUCUUAAUACUUAAAAAAGUCCUUGUAUAUCCUAUAAUAAGAAAUCAUUCUUUUGUUGUAUUACAGAACACACAGUGCAACUUAAAACUAUCUUGCCCCCAAUAUAAAAAGACCAUGCUGUGCUGCAGGACUGAGUGCUAAAACCUGAAAAUUGUCAUUUUGCAUUUCCAUAAACAAGAUAUUUUGUUAUAAGGGACUACAGUGGCUGUCAGAAACAUCCAUUAGUCCACGAGUUCACAGCCUCAUUGUGUUUUCACUCAUGCUUUUUCAAACUAGUCUACCUCAAACUUUGAAUCUUGUGUUCUUUAAGUUUAAAUGAUCUGUUUAGUUUGUUUACAAGCCUAAAUUUUAGCUUUUUACAUGUGGCAAUUAUUUAGGCUUCUAAAUUAAUAAAGGUGGUCUUGUUUUUGUAAUAAGCAUUAACUUUGUUGGUCACAGAGCUUGU